GAUGAUGAUCAGGAAGAUGACAUAUCGGACACUUAUCAACCAACGAAAAAGCGAAAGACAGAUACCGGAGCAAAAGCAACGAAAAGCAAAUCAAAGCCCACAGAGAAGAACAAGACAGCACAACCAAAAAAGAAACAAGCAUCUACAGCCAUUGGAUCUAGUCGCACUCGUAAAGGUGGAAGUAAGGAGGACCUCGCCAUCAAUACAGACAAUGUACUCUUCAAUGCGAUCCUCGAGUCCGACUUACGUUCAACCGCACAAGAAUGGAUGGCUCUCUACGUACAGGAUGAACCAAAAGCCAUGUCUCAAUUUUUGACUUUUGUUAUACGAGCAUGCGGAAGUAACGAGACUAUAGACGAAGUACAAGCGACGGAUGCUGAUAGUGCUGACGAAAGACUAGAGGAAAUCCAAAGCACAUUCAAAAAGCAAAGCAAUCCAUCCUAUCCACUCAUCUCAAAAGCGCCUGCAUACCGUAAAUUUCGUCGAUCGACAAGUCAAUUGAUGGAACACAUUUUCACUGCAGCAUCAGAAGCUGAUGUCUUGGACGAUGAAACAUUGAUCGAUACAAUUGUUGCCUGGCUCGGAGCCAUGACAUCAAGCAAAUACCGAGCAAUUCGACAUACGUCAACGGCCAUUGUAUUGAUGAUGAUAGGACAAAUUGCAAGAUUGAACAAAGAGGCACGAGAAAAGUUUGAACAACUUUCAAAGCAAAAAGACGCCGAAGGUGUAAAAAAGAAUCCUGCUCGUCAUAAAGCAUUUAUGGACCAAAUCAAUUCCGUCAAUAAAAAGCGCAAAAAGCUCGACACAUACCAUCAAGAAUUGGAUGAAGCCGUUUUCAUUCAUCGUUAUCGAGACUCGGAUCCAACUAUUCGUGCUGACUGCAUGGAAGAAUUGGGUCGAUGGAUGUUGAUGUGUCCAGAACAAUUUCUUAAACAUAAUUACCUGAAUUACUAUUGGUGGGAAAUGUCCGACGAAAAUGCAUCGGUGCGCAUGGUGGUCGUACAAGGAUUGAGAGCAAUUUAUUUGCGACAUCCUUCUUCCAAUGCUUUGGACCUUUUUACUGAAAAAUCUUUGACUCGAAUGAUCGAGAUUGCGACUGGCGAUGUUGAUUUGAACGUUCGCAUCGCAAUGAUUAAUACCCUUUUACAUGUCGAUCAAUCUAUGGAUCUAGACGAUGACGAAGCCCGUGAAACACUUGCUCGUCAUAUUUUUGAUACCGAAGCCAAAGUUCGUGCCGUGGUGGCCCGCUUCUUUGCACACAUUGUCGAAGAACGAAUUACGGAUGCAAGCGAUGAGAACAGAAUGCGCUUCAAACAGAUGGCAUCUUUCUUGGUUCAAUUGCUGGGAGAAGAGGAUGAUGAGAAUGAUGUAGCACCAGGCGUGACAAAGGUUUCUCGCGCAUUGGAAUCCAUCUUGGCCGUACCAGAUUGUCAAUACGAAUGGAAAUCGUUGAUCGAGCUUCUUCAGUUGGAUCACUCUGCAGCAACAGGACGUAAGAGAGGCGGCAACUCUGCAAAUGCUGCUGAGGAAGAAUAUCGCCUCGAAGCAAGAGAAGAAGAUGUUCUAUUAGAAUGUAUGGAAGGCGCAGACGAUGAACAGGAAGAAGAGCAGCAUGCAGCGAUGACCCAACAAUUGAUGACUGCACUACCAAAGUUAUUUGGCAAGUACAAGACAGAAUCAGAACGAGUCACGAAAUUGCUUGCGCUGUUGCCACACAUGAACUUGGCUUCUUAUCUCGAAUAUCAACAGAUGGCAGCCUAUGAGACACUGUGGGACACUGUGAUUGAUCAAUUUGAGCGUCACACGGAAACACAUGUGGUCAACAGUGCUGCAGAAGCGAUUGCAAGCAUGGCAAACACUAAAGCGCUCAAUGCAGUGAAUGAUGAAAAGCUGCUAUUGUUACGUCAAAGUGUCAUUUCCGCUUUGCAAGAGGCUGUUCCGUCUUUUGAACAAUUGCUUGGGAAUGGAAAUCUUCAGCAUGACGAAAUCCAUCGUCUUUCAGCUUGCACGAACCGACUGAAAUUGCUGUUCCGUCAUGUGGAUUUGUCUCAAGAUAUCGACGAAAGUGGUGAAGAGAAUGCUAAUGGGGGCAUUUGGGAUAUCUUACUUGCAUGUACGCAAAGAAUAUCUUUGGAGAAAGAAGGAGAGGGCGAGUUGAUAGAAAACGCAAUCGUAAUCUUGGGCGUUUACAUCAUUUGGAAGACCAAUGCGAUCGUCAAUAUGGAUGAAGGACCAGAAAGAGCCGCACAAGCUGAAGCAUUGCUAACAAAACGUCAAGCAUUCUUGUCCUCUUGCGAACGGGUUCUAGAAGUUCAAACUUAUGACGAUAAUCUUGCUGCUCAACGUCAAGCUUUCCGACACAUGCUGGACGUUUACAUCAUUUAUGCCAAUUUGGCAGCCAUUGACGAAGAGAGAAAGAGAGCAAAUGCAGAAAUUGCGCUCAACUUGCCACAAUCGUUGCAACUGUCAUGUACAGCAAGUGCUCAAGAUCAUUUGGCAAACUUUGUCACGAAGGAGUGUGAAAGAUGUGCGCCUAGAGAAGAGGAAGAGGAUGAGUUUGCAUCGCUACAAAGGGAAGAAGAAUUGUCAUUCAUUGUCUCACAUUACGUAGGCGCGAUUCGAUUGGGUAUUGUUGACAUUCGCAAGAGUGCAGAUAUUCUCGCACGAUAUGGUCAAAUGGGCGAAUUAUAUGAUGCAUGCUUACGUAUCCUCAUCGAAGCGAUUCGUGAAGUCGGCAUCCAAGAUCAAAAGCCAAGAACUGCUUGUGCAAUCUUGUCUGAUACUUUGACGAAAGCACAAACGUUCAACAAUGCCGAUGAGGAAUCAAAUUUCAUCAAUUUGGCGAAACUUUUAUCCAGCUGUCUGGUCGUCCGAGGCCCGCAUCUUACAAUCUUGCAGAGUAUUGAUUCAAAAGAGGUGAUCAAAAUGCACGACGAUCUAGUCUAUCAAACGCUCAAAAUAGAAGGACGAUGGACCACAUUAAAAGCCUUGGCUCAACUUGUGAUCAGUCUUAAACCAAACGAAGCAUUAAAGAUUCAAGUCAGUCUGAACAAAAUCUUAGAACAAAUUGAUCAAAAUUCCGCAAGCGAAAGUGAUCAAGAUGCUUUGCGAACGUAUGAGAAACGUCUUGUGACACUAGCCAGCAAA